UAGAUAAACUAUAUUAUAUUUACAGUCGACUCUCGAUAUUUCGAAUACUUGAUAUCUCGAACUUUUGAGUAUCUCGAACUUUUUUAGCGGUCCCAUGGAAAUAACGUACUAGUUUAGGCUAAAAUCCUCUCGAUACCUCGAACCUUAAUAUCUCGAACUUUUUGGUAUCUCGAACAAUAUUUUCGGUCCACAGGGUAAUUUUCUCUCGUUAUCUCGAACUUUUCAACAUUUUUUUUUUCAAAAAUGUUUUAAUAAAAUUUAAAUGUUUUAAUAAAAUUUAACAUUUGAUUGUUGGUUUCAUAAUUGGAAAGAAAGGAGCGGCAUCAGCUUUAAAAUAAUCUCAGGCGAAAGUGCCGCUGUGACGAAUAAUAUGACUGCUUCGUGGAAUGAAACUACACUUCUAACAUUGCUUUUGAAUUACAAACUUGAAAACAUUUUUAAUGCCGAUGAGUUUGGACUAUUUUACCAGUGCCAACCAAACAAAACUUACCAUUUAUCACGAGAAAAAUGUUUUGGGGGAAAAAAUAGUAAAGCCAGACUAACAGGCAUAGCAGCAGGGAGUGCAACGGGAGAAAAAUUACCUAUGUUUGUUAUUGGAAAAUCUAAAAACCCACGGUGUUUUAAGCACAUUAAACAACUUUCUUGCACAUAUAAAAAUCAGCUAAAAAGUUGGAUGACCAGAGACCUUUUUACAGAAUGGGUAAUAAUACUUGACUUAUUUUUUCGUGCUCAAGACAGGAAAAUAGCACUCCUGGUGGAUAACUGUUCUGCCCACCCACACAUUGAAGGGCUAAGCAACAUCAACCUAAUAUUUUUUCCCCUUAAUACCACAUCUGUCCUUCAGCCCAUGGAUCAAGACGUAAUACGAAGUCUUAAAGCUCAUUAUCGUCACAAAAUUGUGCGUUUGUGUAUCAAAGCUGUCGAUAAUGACGAACCCAUGCCAAAAAUUAUACUUCAAGCAAUGAAAGAUCUUGUUUCUUCAUGGAAUGCUGUGUCGAAGGAGACCGUCAUCAACUGCUUUAAAAAAGCUGGUAUCAGCAAAACAAACAAGAGUAUUCAAGAAGCUGAUGAUGAUCAUCCUUUUAAAUUUUUGACAGAAGAACUUAACCGUUUGCGAGAGUUAGAUCCUCGUGCCGUCCAAGAAGAUCUCUCAGCGGAAUCUUACAUUGAUUUAGAUUGCGAUGUAGUAACCACCGGUUCACUUGCUACUGAUGCUGAAAUCAUUGCGCAGAUUUUAGACUCUAAUUUUGAAAACGACGACAAUGAAGUUGAAGAUAGCGUUGACGAAGCUAUUGACGUCGAAGCCCCGCCACGCCCAUCUGAUAUUCAAUUAGAAAUUGCUUUUAAAACGAUUCAAAAUGCUUCGCUAUGCAGCUCAAAAUAUGGAAAUGAAAUAAAUCCCUAG